UUUUUUUUCAAAUUCUCCACUGGGAGAUGACAUUUGGUUGCGUUCUUGGCGGUCGUCUUCCUGUUCUCUGAGUUGGCUUUGUCUAGAAGUGGGUUUCUGUGGAACAGCUGAACGUUGCUAAGCUUACUGUGUGGUUAUGGAGAUACAGACUUCAGGGAAGCCAAUUGAUUCUUUACUGGAGAAGGUCUUGUGUGUAAACAUCCUUUCUUCGGACUAUUUUAAAGAGCUUUACAAAUUGAAGACUUACCAUGAAGUUAUAGAUGAGAUUUAUAAUCAUGUUGAUCAUGUGGAGCCAUGGAUGACUGGAAACUGUAGGGGCCCUUCGACAGCAUUUUGUCUGCUGUACAAGUUUUUUACUAUGAAGCUCACGGUCAAGCAAAUGCAUGGCCUUUUGAAACAUCCUGAUUCUGCUUAUAUUAGAGCUAUUGGAUUCCUCUACUUAAGAUAUGUAGCUGACUCAAAAACUUUGUGGACUUGGUUUGAGCCUUAUGUCAAAGAUGAAGAGGAAUUUUCACCAGGAUCAAAUGGUCGCAGGACAACAAUGGGUGUAUAUGUGCGUGAUUUGCUUCUUGGACAAUACUAUUUCGAUACCCUUUUCCCUCGGACACCCGUCCCUAUCAUGCGUCAGAUUGUAGCCAACCUUGAGAAGAUGAAGCUCCCUGCCAAGCACUCUGGUGUCACUGGGGAAUCUACCCGUCAUGGAUCUGAUGAUACUGCUCGACGACCACCUUCUGUGAAAGCUGCUCUUUCAGUCUCCUUUGGUCAGCGUGCUCCCCAUCGUGCAUCAACGAGGGACUCAUCACCAGUUAGGCGUACACUGCCUCCUCAUGACAGAAACAAUGGGGAUGAUGGUCGAAGAUCUCCCAGCAGCCGUCGCAGCCGUAGCCGUGAAUUUUCUGAUCGUGACCAUUCAGACAGGGAUAGGGACCGGGAGAGGGAAAGGGACAGGACUAGGGAGAGGGAGAGAAAUAGAGAAAGAGAAAGGGACAGGGAAAGGGACAGAGACAGUGAGAGGGAGCGGGACAGGGAUAGAGACAGGGAGAGAGACAAGAACAGAGAUAGGAAACAUGAGUAUGAUCGACAUGGAAUUCAUGAGAGCAGAGAUUAUCACAGGUCCAAGUAUGCCGAUGGGGAUAGAGAAAGCAGCAGAUGGGACCAUGAGAGGAGUCGUCGUGAUGGUAGUAGGCAUAGAGAAUCUAGCUCUCGCAGGAGUAGGAGCCGGAGCCGGAGUCGUAGUCGAAGUUUACAAGUCCACAAUGAUCAUCCAAGUCCACCUAGAGAUGGAAAUAAGGAGAAGACACGCACACCUGCAUCUAGCAAUCUGGCCAAGUUGAGGGAUCUAUAUGGGGAUACAAGCGAUCAAAAAGGUUAUAAUGGCCCAGAUAGGGGUCCCAAAGACAGCAGCACUGAGGAGGUAAUUAGACUUGGUGGUUCUACUUGGAAGUAGAGGGAAGUUUUAUCUCUUCUACUAGGCAUGCAGAUGCUGGUAUGUACUGGAAAUGUAAAAUGUUAAUCGUCUUUGCUUUGGCCAUGCUUUCAAAUAAAGGUUUAGCCGAAGGACGAAAGCUGUGCUAUGUUGGGUUAAUAUUCUGACAACAUGACACUUCUGCGACAUGUAAUAUUAUGCAGCUAAAUGUCUAUUGUUCUGCAGUUGUAUGUGCAUAAAAAUUUUCAUACAACGAUGACAAGUUUAUCCUUUCUAAUUU